ACCUUUGCAGCCUCUGCCUGGCUCUUGUUUGGCUUUAGGUCUCAUGUUAAAUGUCUGUUGGUCUGUUAAAUGGCUUUUUGCCCCUGUUUCUGCCCAGUCCUCUUUUCCUGGACACUUCAGGGAUCUGGUGGAAGGACCCACUGUCCCCAGCAGCAGUGGAGGCAUCCUGGGGUGUCACAGAUAUGGCAGCUUUGGGGAAGACUGCAGAUGACAAUCCAGACCUGAGUCACCUGGAGGGAGACAGCGCGGAGGAGCUGACUGUGCCAGACCCAGAGCUGGAGGCCAUCAAAGCCAGAGUGAGGGAGAUGGAGAAGGAGGACGAGAGGCUGAAGGAGUUGCAGCUGGAAGCUGAGAGCCGCCUCAUUAUGAGCUCUGAGGCCGGUCUCUUCCCCAAGACAACUGAGGAGAAGAUGGAGGCUGACCAACGAUCCAUCUACGUGGGCAAUGUGGACUAUGGGGGCACAGCAGAAGAGCUGGAGUCUCACUUCAACAGCUGUGGGCAGAUCAACCGUGUGACCAUCCUCUGUGACAAGUUCUCAGGGCAUCCCAAAGGAUAUGCCUACAUUGAGUUUGAGGAGAAGAGCUCUGUGAAGGCAGCGGUGGAGCUGGACGAGAGCGUGUUCAGAGGCCGUGUCAUUAAGGUGCUGCCCAAGAGGACCAACAUGCCUGGCAUCAGCAGUACUGACCGCGGGGGCUACCGGAGCCGCUUCCAGCUGCGGGGGGCACUGGCCCAGCGGGGAGGGUACUACAGAGGGCAGCACCCACGGCUGCGGGGCAGGGCCUACAGGUGA